CUUCGCAAUGCAAGAAGGUUCCAUUUCCCUAUAUUUCUAGAACUUUUCCUAAUCACUAGGUAUCCACUGGCUAAAAUCUUUUGUGGAGAGUCUUAGGUCAUAUUCCUUAGUUUGAAAAGCUACCUAAUUCACUAUUUAAUCUCGUGUUCCCAUCUCAAAUUGAUACGUUUUAUAAAUCUUGAACAAUGGCGGAUUCUCAGCUCAUCCACUCAAGCGACAACCACGAUAUGGAUAUUGAUAAUCACGAGGACGUCAGCCACUCUAAUAACAUGGACAGCGUGAAUGAUUACUUUGAUGGAUUUGAUGACUUCGAUAAGCAAAUCGACAUUUCCCAUAUAUCGACUCCUUCCUCCUCCGAAGAACACAGUAUGGAAACUUCGAUGUCACUCAGUUAUAUCGAACUUGAGGAGAGAAGUACUCCCCUUACUUUUAAAAAGUUCGGAGAAUUACCCGAGGAACUUCAAAUGAGUAUAUGGAAAUUCACGGCACUGCAUGAUCGACGCACCAUCAUCAUGAAUUUUGAACGGGAUAAAUUCAAGUUUGGCAACUGUCCCCACACACCAGCAUUAAUGCACGCAUGCCAUCAAUCUCGCAAAUACGGCUUGGAAAUCUUAGAACCCGUCGAUGUGUAUGGAAACCCCCGAGAUAUUGGAAUCCCCCCAGGCUAUGAAAAUUACAGCACGUGUGUGGCUCAUUAUUUCUACGUUAAUCCUAUCAGUGAUGAUUUUAUCUUGAAAUUCGGAGACGAGACAUUUUGUCCUCAGCCGGUUUAUUGUCCCAUAGAGUCGAAAAACUUCUCUUAUAAACUUGAAUUGGUGGCUACUGAAGAGGAAUUACAAAAUCGGUAUCGGGAGCGCAGACAUGUAUGUAUUGCCAGGUCUCUGAAUGCAGUCUCGUGGGCUGGCUGAUCAUCAUACAGACACCCAAUGGUCCUCCAAGGCCGGGUGAGCCAGUUUUCCCCACUGCCGACAUCCUUCCCCCAUUCUUCACCAACAUCCGAUCCGUUGGCAUCAAUCUCGAUCUUCCCUUCCCACAGGACUUCAACUUUUCCGACAUGAGUCCCGAAUUUCUCCGAACCUGGGCCCGAAGUGCUAUUAAAACUAAAUUCGACAAUGUAUUCACUGAUAUCCUGAAUCAGUUCCCCAAACUCGAAUACGCGUUUGCGGUUGUGAGGGCACAUGCUCGGAGUAAUCAGGAACUGAACGAGAGGUUGGAGCCUGGGAAGGAGAAUUGGAAGACGGUGGGGAUGGCGAAUGCGGAGGGCGUGAUUAUGGGGAUGGAAGAGUUUAGACAGUUGGAAUUUGAGGGCCGAAGAUGGUUUAUGGAGAGGAUUGAUGGUGGGGGUGAGUUGAAUGUGGUGGAUUUUGAAUUCUAUGUUCAGAGGAAUCUUUAUUGGGAUAUUUAGGAGUGGGGAUGGGAUGGGAUUUGGUGCGAUGUGAUGCGAGGUUUUUGGCUUUAUUGUGGGUUGGGGUUGUUUGUGAUUUGCUUGCUGCUGUCUUCUGUUUGUUUAUUGAUGGAUUCAGAUGAGGAACACUCGAUCGAUAUGGGCCUUCUCUUCCAAUGCUUCUACCUCUCUCAACACUUCAUUUGUUCACGUACGAUCGUCUACGAGCAUCAUCACAGCGUAUAGAAGGAGAUAGGCAGAGAAGGAAAUAAAAACAUCCAUCCCUCCUCUCAACUCGAAAAUAAAGGACUUUGCUUAGUUUACUUGGAUUUUUACCCAAAGUUUUUACUUGGAAAUUUCCGCGCAAGGAAAUAUGGAGGGAAAUACGGCGUUAUAUUUCUACCAAAAGCCAGAAGCAUAUAUGCAUGCAUAGGAGUCAUUUCGUUUGUUUUAUCAAUGUGUUUAUUGGUUACUGGCUGGCAUUUGGUUUGGUUUGGUUUGGUUUGGU